GCACACAUGCAUGCGCACACACGCACACACCCUCCUCCCCCAUCGCUGCAGUGUCUCUUAACUGCCUUGGAGCUAACAAGAGGGGAAAUAGCACACCGACAACUAUAAGAGGAGGAGAGAGCACGACACAACGAAAGAGUGCCAGUGAAUGAGUGUGUGAGAUGAGAUUCUGGCAGAUCGGAGGAUGUUGGUGAUUCAGGACUAAAGGGACGGAUCGCGUGCUCCCUCUGCCUCCCAAGCGAAUGUUUGUCUGCAGUGUUGCUGGUGAAUGGACGGCAAGCGGUAAACGGAACAUGGACCUUUAGCUGCCUCACUGGCUUAUGCAAGCAAGACGGUCUAGUACACAGGCACCAAACGAGAACCAAGGUCUGACAUUCCAUCGGAUGAGUCAGAUGAUCAGAUGAAUCAGUCACAGAAAUACAGGGAAGCACACUGGACGCCAUGAGGGAGGAGAGUGAAGGAAUUUUACGGUUUCGACUUUCUCUUGAUGAACACUGACAAGUCCACUUAAAGACUGCCGUGCUCAGGGGAGUGAGUCCCCUGUUAUAAUUCCCAAGUCCUUGGGAUCUUGAAGGCAAACACACCCUUAUGCCAGGGCCUGAGUGGGUCUUCCACAAUGUCAUGGUCGCAUUGAAUGCCAAAACAUCAACCCUUGAAAGAAAAUACUGUAGACUUGGACAAUGCAUGUUGUCUAACACCAUUCUGAAACUGGUUUCCAGCAAAAGCUUCCUCUAGUAUCAGCUCAUCUGUAUCACCAUAUCUUUUUACAUUGCAUACAUUUACCGUCCACUCUCCCACUUCCUGGGUUUGCCAGCUCAAGUCCAGGUGCAGUCGACCAUGGGGUGCCGGCAGAGUUCAGAGGAGAAGGAGGCCGCCCGGCGCUCACGUCGCAUAGAUCGACACCUCCGCUCAGAAAGCCAGCGGCAGCGGCGUGAAAUCAAACUCCUGCUGCUCGGCACAAGCAACUCUGGCAAGAGCACCAUCGUGAAGCAGAUGAAGAUCAUCCAUAGUGGAGGCUUCAACCUGGAGGCCUGCAAGGAAUACAAGCCCCUCAUCCUCUACAACGCCAUUGACUCGCUCACCCGCAUCAUUCGCGCCCUUGCCACCUUGAAGAUCGACUUCCACAACCCCGAUCGGGCUUACGAUGCAGUGCAACUCUUUGCCCUCACCGGGCCGGCCGAGAGCAAGGGUGAGAUCACACCAGAGCUCCUGGGGGUGAUGAAGCGCUUGUGGGGCGAUCCAGGGGUCCAGGAGUGCUUCUGCCGCUCUAAUGAAUACCACCUAGAGGAUAAUACAGCCUAUUAUCUAAACGACCUGGACCGCAUUUCUGCGCCAGAGUACAUCCCAACCGUUGAGGACAUUCUGCGCUCACGUGACAUGACCACUGGCAUUGUUGAGAAUAAAUUCACCUUCAAGGAGCUCACCUUCAAAAUGGUGGACGUUGGCGGCCAACGUUCAGAAAGGAAGAAGUGGAUCCACUGUUUUGAGGGUGUGACUGCCAUUAUAUUCUGUGUGGAGCUCAGUGGCUAUGACCUCAAGCUUUAUGAAGACAACCAGACGAGCCGUAUGGCGGAGAGCCUGCGUCUGUUCGAUUCCAUCUGCAACAACAACUGGUUCACCAAUACCUCGCUCAUCCUCUUCCUCAACAAGAAGGACCUGCUGGCCGAGAAGAUCAAGCGUAUUCCGCUGACCGUCUGCUUCGCUGACUACAAGGGGCAGAACACCUACGAGGAGGCGGCCGUGUACGUGCAAAGGCAGUUUGAGGACCUCAACCGCAACAAGGAGACCAAGGAAAUCUACUCGCACUUCACUUGCGCCACUGACACCAGCAACAUCCAGUUUGUGUUUGACGCGGUGACGGACGUGAUCAUCCAAAACAAUCUCAAGUACAUCGGGCUGUGCUAGGACGAGGGGACGGGGAGAGGGGCGCCAGGCACGGCUGUCGAUUGAUCUGAGUGCCCUCGAAAACGCUUGUCGAAACUCUGAUGAGGCCCAGAGGAAAGGGCUACAUGCUGCCAUCCUGCUAGAUUUAUCAAUGUCAAAAACAUAAAGGUCAAAGAGGAUUUUACAAGGUUGGUAUUAAUGUGUUUGCACUGAACAUAUGUAGACAACACACACACACCAUCCUAACGUUUGUUCACACACAACGGACUUCAGGAUCAGCCGUCAAGCACAUGUUUGACAUGGAAACACUGGAAACAGAUCUCACUGCUCCUCUCUUCCCUGACAGACAGCAGGAAUUCCUACCCCAAAAUGUGCUCAUUUGCCCAUGCCAUUCCAAACCUGUAUGACUGUCUUUCUUCUGUGGAACACAAAAGGAGAUGUUUAGCAGAAUGUUCAUGCGUCUCUUUUACAUACAAUGACAGUGAAGAAACACCAUAAAAGUAAUUUAACAUUUAAGUUGUGCUCUUAUUAUUAAGGAAAACAUUUUAUAGCCUCAUGCACAUAUUCCAAUUGGGUGCAUCACAGUUGGUGAAGAUACACUCGCACACUACAGUUCAAAUUAUAAUCAAGUUCUUUACAACACAUUACAACGGGUCUACUUCAUUAAAGUGUGAACGAAAAUGAAACAAUGAUUUAAAAUGUAUUAAAAAUUUUAGUUUGACACAAAUCACUUUUUAAAAGUGUGCUGCAUUGUGUUAAGAAAUAUAGUCAUGAAAGUGUACUCUCUUAAAAGGGAUAGUUCACUUUCAGAUGCUGGCCCCCGAUGAUUUCCAUAGUAUGGGGGGAAAACUAUGGGAACCAUCAACUGAAGGUGAACUAUCCCUUUAAGUACAAAUAGUUUUAUUUAAUUUCAUUUAUAUUACCUGCAAGUACAUAAAAAAAGUAUAAUUUUAAGAAUUAAAGUACACUACAAGUGCACAUUCAACACAUUUACAGUUACAAGGGAAGAAAAGAAUGAGUCUUUGGGUCUGUCCCAAUACACACACUUGCGGUCUUGACCACCUGAGAUUAGGAGCACAUCACAGGAAGUAACUGCACAAGAAUACAGAUCGCAAAAAUGCCAAAACUCAGUGCGCUCGAUGCACAUUAAAUACACACUUUUUUAAAAACACUUCAGAGCAGUAUUUGAGGCUAAGCAUUUCCCAUCAUUCAUUAUGUUCAAGAAAUCACAAAAGUGAGGAAAACCUCACAGAAACGUUAAAGAAGAAAAACUUUCCAGUGCAAGUUAAUUAAAUAUAACAUGUAAUUUGGUAGAAAUAAAAAAAAUAAUUUGUUUUUUUUUAAUCACUUAAUUUAAGGCACUACAACGUAUAAACUGUGUCAUCUGUUACAUAUGAAAUAAUGAACAGUUAAUUUUAAAUGUGCAAAGUGUAAAACAUGUGUAACUAAACUCUGUAAACUAAACUUGUUUUUUAACGACACUAUGUUGUAAUUGUGUCAAAAGUUGUGCACAUGCUUGUGAUCUUGACCACUUGGGUCAAAUUCAGGAAAUAUACAAAUAGACAAGAGGUCAAGUGCAAAGACUGCAAGUAUGGGUACUGGGACUUUUAUGUCAUUUGAAGAAAUGUUGAGUGUUUCCUCUAAUAGUUCAAUUCAACAAUUGUUGGCAAAUUUUUGGUCAUCCAUCAAAGAAAGAUUGUAAUUCUGAUGGCUUAGAAAAGCAAGAGCAGACUGUCUCUCAACAAUAUUAUUAAGUCUAAUUAAGUCAUAAGUAUUCUAUUAAGUCCUAAAGCCAUAUCAACAAUUAUUGCAUUGCAAUUGGUUAUGAUAUACAAGUCAAACCUGUCAUGACAAUCUUGAUGUGCCAUAUUUGAGGACGGUUAAACACGAAUGAGACUUGAGCUGCAGUGGAGACGAUUAUCUGUGAAUCUGUGAACGCCUUAAAUCGAAUUGUCGUCCUCACACACAAUCUAUUGUAUGACUGUAUUUUGGAAUGUAGAUUAUAUGGAUUGCUUAACAGCCCUUGGUCGCCAUGCAUUGUCUUUGAGUGGAAAGGAGCAGCAUGAACAUUCUGCUAAACAUCUCUUUUUACAUUCCACAGAAGAAAUAAAACAUCAUACACAUUUGAUGUGACAUGAGGGUGACUAGAUGAUAAAAUGAAAUUUAGGUGGACUGUUCCUUUAAGUUUUGUCUUUGAUUUGCCUGAUUUGAGUAAUGCUGCUUUCGGAGAUGAUAUAAAGAGUUUAUAUGAAAAUAUAAAUGUAUAUGAAAGGUUAAAAGUAUCUCGAGAGAAAGAAAAACAACAAAAAUAUUACAAUGUCAUUUGGUUUCGCACCAAAGUGAAAACUGCCGCAGUCUGAAUAUGAAGUCAAAUGGCUUUUUUUUUACUCACAUUCACACUGUACUUUAUUUUUGGCUGUCUGACCCCUAGCAAUCAAUCUGUUUUCUUGUUUCUUUUUAAUCUGUUUUUCUUUUGCCUAAAAUAGGAUGUAAUCCAGAGUUUUUAGAGAAAACGUCCUUCUUUCCAUGAGAGUGUUACACUGACGUGAACAUUAAGUGUUUCAUAACGUUCAUUCCAGAUUCAGAGAAAAAUGAACAGUGCCAAUAUCAAUGUAAAUAAAAACAAGGUCCGUCUAUCAUGUUACGUUUUCGGUUUUAAUGGACAAAGAGAGAGAGAGAGAGAGAAAAUAUAUAUACAGUAACAUUAAAUCUGCAUGAAUUUGUUACUUUGAGUUUUUGAUAAAUUAUAGUAUGAUUUGCUUUCUUAUAUUUUUAUUUUUACUAACAUGCUCCAAAAAUAUAUUUAAAAGUCAAACACUGUGUACGAUUGUACAGUUGUUUCCUGCAAGGUAUUUAUUGAAAAGAGUUUUAUGUGAAGAGAGUCAUUUUACGUCCAGCGCAACAACCUAAACUCUGCACGAAAACAUUAAAAGAGGAUUCACUCAAAUUUGGUCUGAAUCUGAAAAAAGAGAGAUGUAAAAUCUAUAAAAGAGCAGAAUCUUUCUAUUCUGGUGUCAUUUUGAGUGGACAUUGUCUGCUGUAUGUGUAAAUACUAUGUGAGGUCCAUUUUGUGAGACAAUAAAAAAAAAAAAUACAAAUAAAAUCAAAAAGGAAAUCACUUUUUAAGAUGCAGAGCUGAUUGAGAGACUAAAGAGGUCCAUCCCGCUCCAAUCCUCCUCCUGUUCAGUUAUGAUGAUGUACAACAAACCCAAAUAAGGGCUCAAGGAUUGAGGAAAACAAAUACUAAAGUAUAACAGAACAAUAAUAGUGAAUAAAAAGAAUUAUGCAAA